ACUACGGAAGCACAGCGUUACAGUUUCCAGCUGAUGGCAAACUGAUUGUUGUUCUGCGCGUUUGAACUGGAUUAACAUUCGGACAUAAUGCAACUUUUAUUUUCAAGAAGUGAUCAGCUAAAAUACUGAAAUGAAGUGUCUCUUGGUGGCCAACGAGAGUGCAGAGGUUCUGUUCUACUGGACUGACACCGAGUUCGAGCGGCGCAUUCAGGGGCAAUAUGGAGUCUCCCAGGAGGAAGGACAAAGACUGCCUGCAUUUGAAGACAGCAUCAACACUCUCUUCGCGCCCAUCAUCAUCUCAUGCAGCACGAUGGUGGAUAGACUCGGGGACAAUUACACAUCCUUCAGGACAGAAGACAAUCAUGCCUAUGUUUUGCAUCAGUUUGAGGAGUGUCUGUACAUCGCUGUGAAUGGAGAUGCAGAUGAGUCAGAGGAGGAUUUGAAGAGAAAGAUCCAUGUGAUGAAGAAACUCACUGAAAUCCUGUUUGGGAUGGUGACGCUCAACGGUGCCCUCUUGAGGAAAGAAUUGCGCCCACAAGACACCGAGCAAAGAAACCGGUUGUGGAAGAAACUACGCAGCCUCCUGGAAACAUACAGUCGCUUACGAGAGCAGGACCAGAGCUUUUUAGUUGAGGCGGUGGAGAGGUUGAUCCACCCCACCCUGUGUGAGCAGUGUAUCGAGUUUCUAGAGCGUCGACUGGUACAGCAGAUUAACAGCAGUGUGGAGAGAGCAGGAGAGGAAGUGCUGCAUGCUUUCAUACUGGUGCACACCAAACUACUUGCCUUCUACUCCAGUCGUAAUGCAAGCAGUCUGACCAUGUCUGAUCUACUGGCCCUGAUCAUCCUGGUGCAGGAUCUCCAUCCCAGCAAAAUCGACCUAGAUGACAUGACUCAUGAGGAGUUAGAGAACAGUUCAGCUCCUGAUGUAUUCUACACACCAGAGCCCUCUCCUCCUGACCGGGAAUCAGUCCAACCAAGUGACAGCCCUCCCGUCAUCCAGUUUGUAGAUCCUGAUAUUCAGAUGGCAGAGGACAGUCUGCAAACUCUUGAAGUUCCAACCCCUGACCCUUUGGCCCCAUCCAGAGUUUUCCUGGAAGCCACACAUAAAGAUGGCUUCUUUCCAAUGAUGCCUCACUCCAUGUACUGCCUGCCUCUCUGGCCUGGAAUCACACUAGUGCUACUCACCAAGAUCCCCAACAGUCAAGUGGCAAUGUAUGUUUACUGCUGUCUGGAGGCAUUUGUGAAUCUGGAGAACAGGUUACGUGAGGGGAAGGAGGGAACCGCAGCCAUGCGGGGUCAGUCCUCUGUCCAUGACAUCCGGGUCAAACUGGACAAGUUCAUCAAAAACUUGGUCAGCAUGGACAUUCAGACUUCCCAACUUCAAAAUGUGUGGACAGACUUUAAGAACAAAGCCUUUACCAGAUCUGGAUCUGGAGUCACAAGGGAGUUGCUGCCCUCCUGUCAUAACAUGAAGACUCAGUUGUGUGUUGUGUACAGACAGUGUUUUGCCGCUCAGUGCAUGAGGAGCAGUCAGCGGUUGGCUCCUCAUCUGCAAGAACGAGCUCUAAACAUGGUCCAAGAGAAGUUGAUAGACUGGAAGGAUUUUCUGCUAGUGAAAAGCAAAAGAAACAUCACAAUGGUGUCAUACCUGGAGGAGUUUCCUGGUCUUAUCCACUUUAUUUACGUGGAUCGUUCAGAUGGUCAUAUGAUCGCACCCUCUCUAAACGUGACUGAUCAUACUGUCUCUGAGCUCGGAAAGGGGCCUCUUGCACACUUCAUAAAAAACAAGAUUUGGGGUUUUGUGGCAACAGCUCGCCGGUACCUGCACAAGGGUUACACCACUGUCACACUCAGAGAUGGAGAUUAUUUCUACUGUUACUUCCUGUGGUUUGAAAAUGAAACGGGAUACAAACUGGAAGUGGUAGACAUACCCAGCCUCCCAGAGGACUAUGCUCCAAUAGGAAUGCUCGCCUCUGAUUAUUAUAAGAAACUGCGCCGAUAUUACAGCAAAAAUCAUCAGAAUGAGGUGGUGAAAUGUUAUGAACUGCUGACAGUGCAUUUGGGUGUGAUCCCCAAUGAAUAUAUCCUUCAGCACUGCAGUCAGCUGGCCCGCAAGCUCUGGGAGCCCUCCCGUAUCCCUCUCCUGUGAACCACACUCAGAGGUCCUCAGAGGAAUUCUGCCUUGUUCACUUUAUUCCAUAGGUGAUCUGUUAUCUAGAGACUGAGUUUCCUGAACUUUAAGCACAAGCGCUUCUGAUUUCAAUUAUUUGCAGAAAAUAACAUUGUGCUUAGAAACCAAACAUUGUGUUUUUUGUGCUUCCCAUUUGAUUCUUAUGGAAAAUCUUCAGGUGCUCGUCAGGCAAAAAAUCAGGACCAACUAUUGUAGGAAAACACUCUUUUUGAGAUGUCAUUACCAUGAUUUCAUCCGAUUUCUGGCUCAGUAUGUGGCGUAUUUAAAGCUGCAGUGUAUUGACUUGACUGCCAUUUCUUGAAAGAAACAUGAUUUAUACUUUAUUUUUAAAAUGAUGUACAAGGCAGUUGAUGAAAAAUUACAGUCUUUUAUAAUUGUUAAUUUCUCUGUUUUUACAACAGUUUAAUAUAUAUAUAUAUAUAUAUAUAUAUAUAUAUAUAUAUAUUUUUUUUUUUUUUGCAAUUGUGCAGAACAUAUAUUGUUGUCUUCAUUGUUUUGGAGAUACAGAUAAAAUACAAUUAUAAUUGACUGAUGAAAUUAUGUCCAAUGUACUGCAACUGCAGAUGAUUUUCUUUCAGAAUUAUUUUAAUAAAUUGUUUAACAGAAA